AUGGAUCUAAGUUCCUAACUAAAUUAGAUGAAAUUUAUAAAAGGUCUUGAUUUUCGAAAGAAUCUUAUAGACAAUGGACAUUUAGGCCAAGGCAACAAUAUGGUAUAUAAUGUUUCAGUCAAUGGUAAAAUGUAUGCACUAAAAGUAAAGCAUUCUUAUUUAUUAAGUAAGUAAUAAUGAAUUCGUACAACAUUGAAAAUGAAAUCAAAAUUAUGUAAUCAUUAUCCAACUCUCAAUAUGUUAUCAAUCUUAUUGAUUAUAUGAUAUUAGAAACAGUCUCUUAAGAUAAAUAUACUUAAAAUCAGUAAUUUGUAUAUUUGCUGAUGGAAAAGGGUUAGUAGAAUCUUGAGUAAUAUCUUAAAUAAAGAGAGCAGUAAUAUUUAGAAGUUGAAGAAUUGCAUAAAAUAUUGGAAUAAUUAUUAAAUAUAUUUGAAGAUCUCUAACAAAAAAAUAUAGCUCAUCGAGAUAUAAAAUUAGUUAAUAUUCUAAUUAUGGAACCAUUUUAACUCAAAGCAUGUGAUGUUGGAUGCAGUUCUCAAAUAGAAACUAUUUAAACUAUCAGUGUAGUAGGUACAAAGUCUUAUUUAGCUCCUGAAUUAUUGAAUGCUGAAACUCAUAGACUUAAACAUAAUCCCUUUAAAAGUGAUGUUUAUUCUUUGGGAUUAUGCUUUUUAUAUAUAGUUACUCUAUAAUUAUGGAAUACAAGAUAGAUAGUUAGUUCUUAAAUUGAAGAAGAGAUAAUAGCAGAUUAUUUAAGACAUGUUAAAAGAAUUACUGCUGAUGAUAAUAUUAUUAUCUCAAUCCUUAAAAAAAUGUUAUAAAUUAAUCCAAAUAAUCGACCUGAUUUUAUUGAGUUAAAAUAGAUUUAUAUACAAUUGAAAGAAAAUUAAAAUCAAUAGACUAAUUUAUCUAAAGGAACUACAUUUGAAUCCUUUGAAUCACCUAAAAAGACUCCUUUGUAAUUUGAUUAUCUUUCACCUGAUAUUGUAGUUAAUAGAAGUAGAAAUACAGGAUCCAAUUUUUAUAAAGAAGAAAGAUAAAAAUCAGUAAGAAAUCUACCAUCCAAUUUAAGUAAUUCCAAAAAAUAAAAAUCUUAAGCUAAUUUAUUAUCAGAAACUACAAGAAAAUAAUAAAUAACCAAAUCACCUAAAAAUUAAUCUACUACUAAUUUACAAUUAAAAGAUACAUAAUAAUUCUUUAGUAAUAAACCACCUACACCAAAUUCACUCAAAUUUACAUAAUCUACUAAAGCUAAAUCCUUUUAAGGUUCUGGAUCACCAAAUCAUACUCAAACUAAUUUCUAACAAAGACAAUUCUCUAAAUUUCAUCAAUCUGUAAUAGAAAAUAAGAAAAUUCAUACUGAAAGCUUUUCUUAGACUAUGCCAACAAUUUAAACAAGUAUGUUAGCUGAAUUAAAACCUUAUGAUGAUUUCUUAUAUUGCAAUUAUGAAGACUUAAAUAAUUUAUACCAAUUUUAAAAUUAUGUAUGCCUUUUUUCAAAUGGAUAAAAAUCUAAUAUAAAAAAAUGUUAAUUACCUAAUAGUUGUAAAUUAUUAAAUUUAAAACUCAAUAAUUAAACUCCAGAACUUCACUUAUCUACUGUAAAUGAUAUACAAAUAUUAAUUCUUGAAUUAAUUGAUGAUUGUAAUGAAAAAAAUCUUAAUUAUAAAUGGUCUGAAAAUCUAGGUUCUAUGUACUUUUAAGCAAUAACAUCACUUGAAAUUAUUGUUAAUACUCAAUAACCUUAAACUAAUAAUAUUAUAUAAUUUCUUACUAAAAUAUAGCAUAUCCCUAAAAUUAAAUUAAUAUAUCGAUCUGAAAUAUCAGAAUAAGAUCACAGAACUAUUAUGUGGAAAUUAAGUAAAUAUAAUUGUACUUCCUUUGAUUUCAGAAUACCUAAUAUUAAAUUGAAUUUAACCUAAAUCUCUUAAUUAUGGUAAUUUAAUUAAUCUUUGGAAGAAUUAUCACUAGAUUAUGAAGAUUGUGAUAUACAUUAAACAUUUUCAUUCCUUGUUACAUCAAUAAGAACAGUUUUGUUCAAGAAGUUUUAUAUUAAUUUAACAAAAUUACAAUCUAAAAAUUCAGAAAUAAGUUUAAUGCUUGAAUAUUUAGGAUCUAAAUAUUUAUUAAAAGAUUUAACAUUAAUUAUGGAUUACAUUACAAAUUAUGAUAAAAUGGUAUAAGAGAAACUCAAAAAUAAUAUAUCUAAACUUAAAAAUUUAGAAAAACUCUAUAUAUCUAUUAUUGGUAAUAACAUUAAUUUUGAAUUUAUUGAAAAACUCUUUAAUAUUUUUGAAUAACUCAAAGAACUUAAGAUAAUAAUUUUAAGGAUUGAUAGGAUAUUUGAAAAACAAAAAAUAAGAGAACUUAAAAAGAUAUUUCCUUUUUUGCAUCCUUUUGUUUUAUAGUUUUAUGGUACAAAUAAAACAUUAACAAUUAUUAUGCAUAACAAUGAAGUAUAAAAAUUAUAAGAUUAUGGAACCACUAAAUGUAAUUAAGGAAAAUAAGUUAAAUUGAGUUAUAUGUAUGAAUGUCUAAAAUGUUCUAAAGCUCAUUCUUUUUUUUUAAAACAUUAAUUUCAAAUAUGUAGUACAUGUGUUACAAAUUGUCAUUCUAAAUGUGACAACUUUAAUUUGAAUAAUAAUGAAGCAAUAACAGUUAGUUCAGAUUCUUAAUUAUAAUGCUAAAAUACAGUAAAUAUAAUUAAGAAGAAUCACACUUUUUUUGAAUCAAAUGACACAAGAGAUUUUAAAUGUUACUGUAAUCUAUUGGGAACAUGUACUCAAGCAAUAUGCAAUAAGGAUAGAAAUAGAAAUGAGAUUUAAUAUAAGUAUAAAAUUAUAUUAUUUUAAGAUGCAAAACAUGCAACAAAAUAUUAUGUCGAAUGUGCUCUUUUGAUUGUCAUUCUUGUCAUACCAGUAAAGAAAUGUAUAUAAAUAACUUUAGAUGUGAAUGUGAUUGUGAUAAACAUAUAUGA